UUGACACUGAAAGCUUGUGGCACAAGCUGUUCCAUAGAAGAUCCGCAUUCACUGGCGAGCACCGGCUUGUCUCACUGAGGAGCUCGAUGAAAGGCCAGGUGCUGUGCGAGAAGAGGACCGCCUCAGAUGGCAGCUGCGUGGCGGUGCUCACCAUGGACAACAAGCCCGUGAACGCGCUGUCGGCGGGGGUCCGGGUGGGCCUAGAGAAGCAGCUCCAGGAGCUGACAGCGGACAGCUCCGUGAAGGCCGCCGUGCUGAGUGGCGGCCCAGGCGUCUUCUGCGGAGGCGCCGACAUCAGUGAGUUCGCCACCGGCGUGGAAGGGCCAUCGCUGACGGACAUCAUCGCGGCCAUCGAGAACUCUGAGAAGCCGGUGGUGGCUGCCAUCGAUGGAGUGUCCCUGGGAGGUGGCUACGAGGUGGCGCUCGGCUGCCACUGGCGGCUCGCAAGUUCCAGGGCGCAGGCGGGGCUGCCGGAGGUGAACCUGGGGAUUUUGCCCGGGGCCGGCGGCACCCAGCGCCUGCCGCGCCUCAUCGGCGCCGAGAAGAGCGUGGACUUUAUUUGCCGUGGCACGCCCAUGAAGGCUCAGAAGGCCGUGCAGCUUGGUCUCUACGAUCAGCUCGUUGACGGCGACUACUCCUCGUUGCUGCAGGCCGCCGUGGAGUUCGCGGCGAAAGCGGCGGGCCAGGACCUGACUUUGCGGCGCCUGGGCCGCGGCAAAGCGAAGGCGGCGGAGCUGAGCCAGAAGCGCCAGGAGUACGCGAAGUCGCGGAAGGGGGAGCUGGCGCCCCAGGCCAUCAUCAGCUGCGUGGAGGCCGCCGUCGCCCAGGACUUCCAGGAUGCGAUGAAGGUGGAGUUCUCCGAAUUUUGCAAGCUGAUGGUGGGUCCUCAAGCACAAGCUCUGCAGUACAUGUUCUUUGCUCAGCGCCAGUGCCAGAAGGUCCCAGGCUUGGACAAGGCUGCGGCGCCCGGCACCUGUGGCAUCGUGGGCGCCGGCUUGAUGGGCAGCGGCAUUGCCAUGUGCUGUGCAGAGAAUGGCAUCAAGGUUGUGCUGCUGGAUAUCGACCAAAAGAACCUCGACAGGGGCAUGACUGCCAUCAAGAAGAACUACGCGCGGAGCGUGGAGCGCAAGAGCAAGUCGCAGGCUCAAGUGGAUGGCCUUUUGGCCAGCAUCACUCCGAGCACCUCCUAUGACUCCUUGGGCCACUGCGACAUCGUGGUGGAGGCGGUCUUCGAAAAUAUGGACCUCAAGCGGAAGAUUUUCGCAGAGCUGGACCGGGUCUGCAAACCAGGCUGCGUGCUCGCUUCCAACACCAGCGGCCUAAACAUCGACAGCAUCGCGGAGGCCACCAAGCGGCCGCAGGACGUAGUGGGCUGUCACUUCUUCUCCCCCGCGAAUGUGAUGCCUUUGCUCGAGAACGUUCGCGGACCUCGGACGGCGCCGCAGGUUAUGGCGAAGGCCAUGGCCUUUGGAGCCAAGCUGAAGAAGGUCACUUGCCUAGUGGGCAACUGUCCCGGCUUCAUCGCGAACCGGGUCAUGAAUGUCUCGGGCUGGACGCAUCUCAUCCAGGGAGGUUUGCUGCCCCACCAGAUCGACGCUGCGGCAGAGGCCUUUGGUAUGCGCAUGGGCCCCACACGAAUGAUGGACCUGGUGGGCCUCGACCUUUUCGGCCGGGAACGAGAGAGGAAAGGCGAGCAGGACGACCAGAAUGAGUACGAGAGGUUCCAGAAGCUGCUGGCUGAAGAGGUAGGACCUGGCAACCCACACGGAUGGGAGAUCAAAAGUGAUUGGGCGAAAGACUACAGCAAGCAACAGUUCAAGAUGAGGGUGAGUUUGAGGAGCCAUGAGUCUGGAAAUCCCAACAAGCUUCUUCGAGGCGAUGGCAAAUACAAAGGCGUUGUGCCUGAGGAUUUCCUUGGCUUCCUUUUGAAGCCGGAGCUUCCAGGUAUGAAGGAGUGGAAGGAUGUGGAGACAUUGCCUGAUGGAUUCAUCAAAUAUUGCCGUGUCAAGGCACCCUGUAUGACGCCCCGAGAUCAUUGCUGGAAGUACACCAUCGACCGCCGUGCUGAUGGAAGCAUCUUUGUUUGCAUCCGCACCACGACACACCCGGAGUGCCCGGAGAAGCCCGGGAUCAUUCGCGCCUACUACUACAACAGCUGCGUCUUCAAGAUGAGCGAGACGGAGGAGGGCGUCAUGGAAAUGACCGAGUUCAUCUUCCAAGAUCUCAAGGGAGGCCUGCCGGUGUCUUUGAUGAACGCAGCGUUGCCAAAGGGCACGCUGGAAGCCAACAAGGCGGAGAUGAAAACUCUCCUGGCCAAGAAGAAAGGGUGCAUCGCUCGCAGAGAUCCCCUUCAACUGUACAAGGCGUCUCGCUUCGGCCAGAAGUCGGGGAAGGGCUACUACAGCUAUGACGCAUCGCGGCGACACAGCCGUGACCCCGAAGCGGAAGCCCUGAUCCAGCAGGUGUGGAAGAACCUGGGCGUGCAGCCGCGGGAGAUGUCCCAGGAGGAGAUCAUCGACGUGCUGUACUUGCCUGUGGUCAACGAAGGCUUCAAGUGCCUUGAGGAGGGCAUGGCUUUGCGCGCCAGCGACAUCGACGUGUGCUGCGUCUUUGGCUACAACUGGCCCAGAUACACCGGCGGGCCCAUGAAGUGGGGGUUCUCGCUGGGCCUUGACCAGGUGCUUGCCAAGGUGGAGAAGAUGGGCCUCAAACCCUCCGAGCUGCUGAAGGAGGGCGCGCAGAAGAAGUGGAGGAUCAACUCCAAGGAGUUCAACGCCGGUGUCGCCUCGGCUUGGAACUCUCGCUGGACGUCCAAGCUCUGAGCUCUGGAUGCAUCGGGAAAGGCGCUGGCAGUUUGCUUGCAGCUUCAAACAAAAGACACGGGUGUUUUCCUUAUGUUUGGUGUCUUUGUUGGUUUGUGUCUUUGUUUGCUUGCUUGCUUGCUUGCUUGC